AGAGAGAGAGAGUUUUUUUUUGCCUUCCUCGUAUCCAAGAUACAAAGUCACGCGAACGCGUGGAUCCAUCAUGCACGCUACCAAAAUGUCAGCACGCGAGUGGUCAACUUUUCGUCUGAUCUCGCGCAGAAUCGCAACUGCAGUCUGUUGGAUCCUGGUGGCGCUAUACGUCAACGAGUUUUCGUUCUACCUUCGGUGGAUAUCCUUGGAACCGAAGAAUGCUAUUUGUCGUGAUAAAUGCAGUAAGCCGAUAGGAAUACCAGCAGCAGGUCGGCGGUCAAUUAUUGGACACGGAAUUUCAACCGACGGUAACGGCGACGUGCAAAGCCGGUUAUAUGACGAUUCGCGUGAAUCUCAACCAGAGCUUCGUAGGUGCGGUUCACGCCAGGGAUUAUCGUAGACCUCAGUGUAUGGUACCCGGAAAUGGUUCGAAUCACGCCACGCUAGGGAUAAACCUACUUGCGCCAGAAGGAGCACCGGAUUAUUGUGGUGUACUUGUUAACAAUAAUACGGAAGAAAGAUCGGUACCAAUAGCUGUUAGGAUACACAAGACGUUAGAACUUGCCGAUGAUAAAUUUUACGUUAUCACGUGCGGCAAAGCUGGUUUUAAAAAUGCUAAGAACGAAACAUCGUUGGUGUCCUUAAGACUCUUGGACGGUUCUCGUAGAGUUCAAGAAGCUAUUUAUGGUCACAACUAUACACUAAGAGCAGAAAUCUCUCGUCCGGAUGGAACAUACGGUAUCAGGGUAAAAUCUUGUUUUGCGUUUAACAAAAAAAAUGCCAGCGUACAAUUGAUCGACGAAAGAGGAUGUCCCGUUAAAGCACGAGUCAUGACGAAAUUUAUAUACGAUCGAAACACCGGUACAGCGGAUGCCACAUUGUUCUCCAUGUUCCGCUUUUCCGACAGUCCACAAGUGCAUUUUCAAUGCGACAUUGCUGUUUGUAGAGGAAGUUGUGGUACUCCGAUAUGCGAGGAUGACAAGGACGAAGGAAUAAAAGGAGGCACUCCUAUCAGUGGACAAAACGUUGUCGGUGAAGAAGGAAUCUUACUUGCCGGUACAAGCGUUUACGUUCUUGAUCCUGGAGAAAAACCAAUGGUUCAAGCAUCCUACGAAGAGGGCAGUAUCCAUCCGUUAUGGUUGUUAUGGUUAGCGGUAGCAUUAGGAAUAUUGUUUCUAAUAAUGCUAAUCAUUAACAUAUUCCUAUGCUCAGCUAUGACAUGUAGCUGUUCACAAACCGACAUUAUCGAAAAAGAACCAUCGAUUGAAGAUUACGAUCCAUACCGUAGCUGGCACGGUUCUCAAUACGGGUCGAGAUAUUCAUUAAACGGGAAACAAGGAUACGCUUCUGGUGGUUCAACGAUGAAUUCAACGAGGUCGAUAUCAACUAACAGCGAUCAUUAUGCUAUAGUACAUUCACGUCCUGGUAGCAGAUUUUCCGGUCCUGGACAAAAGCAACAUCAUCAUCAUCAUCACAGAGGUCCACCCUCGAAUAUGGGCUCGCAUUAUUCUGGAAAAUAAUAUUCUCGAAAUUGUUUUAAUUAUAUUUCAUUAUUUUCGAUGAUUUGAUACGUUUUUAUGUUCGUUCAUUUUGAUUAAACUUCUAAUAGAAUGUUUUAUACUUCUUCUCUUCUUUUUCUUCUAUUUUUUUUU